CCAGGGAUGACACUUAUGAAGUGCAGCUGAAUGAUGACCAGGUUCUAGUUGACUUGCCAAAUUGGUCUUGUUCCUGCAAUCACUGGCAAUUAACAGGCAUCCCAUGUAUUCAUGCAUUUGCAUGCAUAAUGGAUCAGAGGGUUGAUGCUGAGCAGUUUGUCCACCCCUAUUACACUAUGGACACUUACAGAGCAACAUAUGAGCCUGCAAUUCAACCUAUGCCAGGCCCAAAGCAUUGGGAGAGAGUGAACAUGAGAGAGCCUCAUCCACCAGCAUUCAAACAGCAGCCUGGAAGACCUAAACAGAAGAAGAGGAAGCUGGAACCUGGGGAGGGAACAUCUGCAACAGGAGGGGAGCAGGGAAGAAAGAGGAGGAAAAGUCAGUGUAGGAUUUGUGGUGGAUUUGGCCACUAUCCCAAGACUUGCAAGGGCCCACAUGAACCUGAACCAACUGAGCAGAGAACUGCAGGAAGGCCUCCUUUAAAUUCACCUUGGGUAGUUGAGCAAAGGAAGAAGAGGGAGAUCAAAGCUGCUAAGAAGAGUGCAAUAGGGGCUGGUCCAAACAGCAUUGGGAAUAUGACUUUUCCCCAAGAGCAACCUGGCUGUGAACCAUUGAGUAAGAGGAAAGGUUCACACAGUCAACAAGGGCAGCCACAAGCCAAGCAUCACACCACUCCCUCUUCCAGCCAACCUGAACCCAAUGCUACUGGAGUGCAGACAAGGAGGGCUAAGCUGCUGACUUCCAGACAAGGAGGGCUGACACAAUGAUGUUUGAAUUGUUUUUCUGAACUUUAGUUGUUGGUUGUAUUUUCUGAACAAUCAGUUGCAAUAUUUGUAGCUUUACUUUUGGGUAUAGGACAAGGAUCCUGUUUUGUUAAAUUAAUACUUUGCUUUAAGGCUUUACCAGCCAAUUUUGUUAGGCACUGCAACAACAAAUUUGAUCAACAACUUAAAUGCAAUAUCAACUACUUAGGUACUUACUUAA